AUGUUUUGGCUAAUAUUUAUUUUAUUGUUAUUUUCUGCUUGUAAUGCUAUUCGUAUUACUAAAAUACAAAAUAUUAUAAUAGUUGGUAAUAUCUAUAAUACUUUACUCAAUGUAACAGAAGAUCAAUGCAUAUGUGAGAUGAUAAAAGUAAAUGAUGCAAUAUGUGCUUUGAAUUAUUUUUCAACAAAUCAAACUUGUCAAUUAUAUCGUUCAAAUAGUAGUACAAUUUUUGUUGAAUUUCAUUUAAAUUCUACUAUUAUAUUUCUUUAUCAGUCAUCAAUAUUAAUACUGGAUAUUCAAGAAUAUCAGCCGAUUACAUCAUCAUCAACACCAACAGCAAUAUUAUUAUCAUCACCAUCAUCAGCAUCACCAUCAGCAUCACCAUCAGCAAUAUCAUCAUCAUCUUCAACAACAACAUCAUCAUCAACAUCAACAUCAACAACAACGUCAACAACAUCAAAAACAACGUCAACAACAACAGCCUGCAACUUUUUCCUUAAUCAAACUACUUACUCUGUUGGUCUUCAACCGAUGUCAGUAGCAGUCGCCGACGUCAAUAGUGAUAACAAACCCGAUAUUGUUGUUGCAAACCAGGGUUCGAAUACAGUCAGUGUUCUUCUCAACGCAGGCAGUGGCACCUUCAAUGCUGCAACUAAUUACACAGUUGGUGGUAACCCAUUUUCAGUAGCAGUCGUCGAUGUGAAUAGCGACAAUAAACCCGAUAUUGUUGUUGCAAACUUUUUCGGUGGCACCAUCGGUGUUCUUCUCAACGCAGGCAUUGGCACCUUUAAUGCUCAAACUACUUACGCAGUUGGUACUUAUCCAUAUUCAGUAGCAGUCGUCGAUGUGAAUAGCGACAAUAAACCUGAUAUUGUUGUUGCAAACUAUGGUUCGAACAAUGUCGGUGUCCUUCUCAACACAGGCAACGGCACCUUUAAUAAUCAAACUACUUACCCAGUUGGCUCUUCUCCAUACUCAGUAGCAAUCGUGGAUGUGAAUAGCGACAAUGAACCUGAUAUUGUUGUUGUAAACUAUGAUCCGCCGUACACUGUCAGUGUUCUCUUGCAUUGUUAA